AUGAUUUCUCCAUAUCAAGAACAAAAAUCCGAACAAAGAAUCCGGGAAGAAGAUACAUAUAUCAAUCAAGAAAAUACGUCGAUAUAUACAACCGAGAACGGAGGGUUUUCACCGGAUCAAAAACAAUCCGACGCUAACCAUGAUCCAUUUCUUGAAACGAUAACCACAAAGAAUGAAGGAAUCAUGGAUGCCGGAAUGAUCGUCAGAACGAAUUCAUCUCCUACCAAUAACGAGGGAAUCUUAACCUUUUAUUAUCCAUAUUCUUCAACGCAGCAAGAUGAUGGGCCUGUUACACAUUUAAAUAAUCAAUCAUCUCUUUCAAUGAUACAACCCACGCAAGGACCGACCCCUGCCUCCACACCUACACAGAAAUUAUCACCUAGGCUUCGUUCGAUUUCUGAACAAAACGCGUCACAAUCUCGUACCUUUGGUGUUGACAAAUUACGCUUGGAACGACAUCAAAGGCAAACAACAUCCUUCUCACCAUAUCAUGUCCCUUUUUUACGAUAUAAUCAAAGAAAACAACAACAACAAUCUAUUUCUGAAGAAGAACGCCAAAAACGUAGACUGGAACGUAAUCGGAUCGCGGCAAAACAAUGUCGUGAGCGAAAGAAAGUAUAUGUUGCAAACCUUGAAUCAAAGGUAACACGACUUGAGGAAGAAAAUGAAAGGCUUUGUCGCGAACUUGCGGAAUUGAAUACAAAAUUGCAGCAGCAAACUCUUGUCAUUCAAGAAGGUGUCAGGUUGCACAUGUUGACGGAGGAAUUAGAAGCUAGAUUACAUCUUCAACAUCAAUCAUCACGACGCCUUCAGAAGCAAUCCGUCGAUUCAUUGCCUUCAGAGGACACAGUAUAG